AUGGACCAAUGUGCAAAUAGCUAGCAGCACGUGGGAUGCCGCACAGCUGCAGGUGCACAUCCAUAUAUAUGUUAUGCAUCCCAGGCAGCGCGGCUCAGCGUCGACAUCGCGGGAAAAUAUAUAUAUCGGGUUGGAUGACUGCUCUCCUCUUCCCGCCCGUCAAUUGCCAGUGCCGCGUAUACAUAUCCUUCGGGCUUUAUCAGCUCAUCCCUUUCUGUGCGAGACGGCUUUAAGUUCCGCUUGUUGUCUGUUAAACUGUUUCUUAAGCUAUUUAACUGCAUUAAUCUUUGCAUAUUUUAUAAUCACUCGCAGCCGCUUUGUAUCCUUGUUGCCGUCGAAUUCGGCAUAGUCAAAUAAUAUACAACUUUACACAAUGUCCAGCACAAUAUUCCAUACAUUGUCCCGAACACACCUUUCCGGCGACAGUCUAGAUAUGAGCAAUAAAACGUUUGGAUUACCAACUUUUGCCAGUCCGGCCGGACUGGCGAAUGGACGCGGCGGAUACAGUCCCACUUCCGCAUAUCGUGCUAACAUGAACGCCGCCGAUCAGAUGCGCCGACAGAUGCCAGCGACGGGAUUUUUCAGUUUCGACGAUUCAUCGCGUUUUCUUGGAUCGGCCGACGCGCUGACUGCGGUUGAUUUGAAAGGUUCCGGUACGGAUCAUGCAGUACAAACCAUACAAAACAUCAAAGCCGAUCCCCAUGUGUCAAUGUAUCCAUCCGUUGCGACACAUGCCAGCCGAAUGCCGUCCACUUCUCAUUCCAUGGAACAUGCUGGACCGAUGGAAUUUUACCACCAUGAUGGACUCACGGCUGCAUUCACCAACUCCGGUCUAACAGGAUUCGCUGGAGAUCAUAAUGCGGUAUCGUCGCAUAACCAUGGUAUCCAUCCUUCGCUGUAUUCGCACACUGCAUUCGGCUCAAUGGGUCAUUCCAGCCUAUCCGCUCACAGCCUGGGUCACAUUGCGUCGUCCAUGCAUGACCUGAGUUUGGAUACUGACCCCCGUGAACUGGAACAGUUUGCCGAGCGUUUCAAACAACGUCGAGUGAAAUUAGGGGUCACACAGGCCGAUGUCGGUAAGGCAUUGGCUAACCUGAAAAUUGCCGGUGUUGGAUCACUUAGCCAGAGUACGAUUUGCCGGUUCGAGAGUCUCACGCUGAGCCACAACAAUAUGGUGGCGCUGAAGCCCAUCUUGCACGCCUGGCUCGAACAAGCCGAAAAAGAAGCCAAAGUCAAAGCCAAAGAAGGCUCUCCCACAUCCGACAACUCCACGCUGAGCAUGGAUAAAAAACGCAAGCGCACCUCUAUCGCCGCACCGGAAAAGCGUCAUCUGGAGGCUUUCUUUGCCAUGCAACCGCGGCCAUCCGGUGAGAAAAUUGCCGCCAUAGCCGAGAAGUUGGAUUUGAAGAAGAACGUUGUCCGCGUGUGGUUUUGCAAUCAGCGCCAGAAACAAAAGCGCAUGAAAUUUGCCGCUGCCCAGCACCGAUGAAGGUCACAAUAGUAUUACAUAUACAAAUAUACUGACUUCAGGAAAGUAUUUCGUACAGACGUUUUUUAUCGUUAGUUCAAUGUGUUAUUCCUUGCCAUUCCUAUUAUUGUAAAUGUCGAAUUUUUUGUUCAAGAAAUAGUCUUUUCGGCCUUUUUCUUUUGGUUAUUUGCAAACUAAAUACAUUUCGGUAUCAUGAGCCGGCUAAAGAUUUGGAGAGAAAUAUAAUCAGCACGAUGUAAACACGACUAUGUCAACAUCAUUCAACCUAACUUGCACAUUGUGUCAACCAACUACCUUGGCUGGAUAACAGGACCCCCAAUUUCCAUAAACUGUCUGUUGAUUUUAAAUGCACUAGGUAGUCAACUGAACAGGAUAAUUUUCGCGCACGGUAUUGUCAUAUUUCAGAUUGCAAUAAGAAAACAUAAUACGCUUGGC